CUUAAGCGGUUGCCGUGGGCGGGCGGCGCCGUGCCGCCAUGCCGCCCUCCGCGAUGCCGCUGCUGCUUCUGCCGCUGCUGCUGGCGGCGCUGGCGACGCCCGCCCCGGGCACGGCGGCGGCGGCGGCGGGGGGCUGCGGGCCCUGCGAUUCGGCGCGGUGCCCGGCGCUGCCGGCGCGGGGCUGCCCGCUGGGCCGGGUGCGGGACGCCUGCGGCUGCUGCUGGCAGUGCGGGCGCGGCGAGGGCGAGGCGUGCGGCGGCGGCGGCGCUGCGGGGGGACGCUGCGCCCCCGGCCUGGAGUGCGUGAAGAGCCGGCAGCGCCGCAAGGCGAAGGGCGGCCCGGCUCCCCCCGCCGCCGGCCCGCCCGGCGUGUGCCUCUGCAAGAGCCGCUACCCGGUGUGCGGCAGCGACGGGCUCACCUACGGCAGCGGCUGCCAGCUGCGCGCCGCCAGCCUGCGCGCACAGAGCCGCGGCGAGCCCGCCAUCAGCCAGCGCAGCAAGGGAGCCUGCGAGCAAGGACCCUCCAUUGUGACUCCUCCUAAGGAUAUCUGGAAUGUAACAGGAGCACAAAUCUACCUGAGCUGUGAAGUCAUUGGCAUCCCAACCCCUGUCCUCAUCUGGAAUAAGAUAAUUCGAGGACAGUAUGGCGUCCAGAGGAUGGAGCUUCUGCCUGGGGACCGGGAGAACUUGGCUAUCCAGACCCGUGGGGGCCCUGAGAAACACGAAGUGACUGGCUGGGUGCUGAUAUCUCCUCUGAGCAAAGAGGAUGCUGGGGAAUAUGAGUGCCAUGCAUCAAAUGCCAAAGGAGAGGCAACAGCUUCUGCGAAAAUCCACGUUGUGGAAACUCUGCAUGAAAUAGCCCUGACCAAAGGUUGAUGAUGGUGCAGAGCUGUGAUGUGAGAACUUUCACUUAUGCACAGUUUUAAAUUAGUAUUUUGGAAGCUGCAAGCUCUGGCUUUUUCUAGCUGACUAAUCAGUCCCCUCUUAACUCCCUUUUUCUUUGAGUCCAAAUUUGCUUGCACACUUCUUUCACAGAUACACAAAUAGAUUCACAAGUUCAAUUACAAAUUUUAAUUCUAUUUACAUGAAAUAAAUGUAACUUUGAACAGCA